ACAGGGCAAACUGCAGAGAAAGAACUGGGCGAGCUAGGGGGAACGGGAGCUGGGGCGCCAGAGCUAGAGACAGCGGGCGGGCGAGGAGCUGGCAGAGGCGCGGGGCAAGCGGGCCGGCCGGGGCGACUGGCGGGCGGAGCCCGGGGGCCGCGGGGCUCGGGUGCGAGUCGGGCAGGGCCCAGGGCUGAGCUCCGGGAGCAGAGCGAGGCGGGGGUGGAUGGCCACAGGGGCGCCGGGGAGCCGCGUCGGGCUUGUCGUGUCGGGCCCCCAUGGUCCCCUAACGCAGCCCCGGGGGCCGCUGCGCGCCACACUCGGCUCUGGCCGGCCUUCCGCCUAUCGGAGCCUCGGGUCUGAGGUGGGAGUGUGAUGUGAGCAGCUGGGCGAGCGGCCGAGCGAAGUGCCAGGAGGAGGAGGGAUUGGGACCGGAGAGGAAAGCGAGUUAGUCAGCAGAGGUCGGCCGAGGGAGCCAUGAAAACAACUCUCCGGAGGGGAGAGGGGCAGGCGCGGCGCUCGGGGCGGCGGGGCUGAAGGAAAUCCGGGGCCGCGGCGGGACGGAAGGGGCGCUCCGCGGGCCGGCUGCACAGAGCGGGGCCGAGUCCCCUGCGCUGAACACCUUCCUCGGGGCCCGACUCGGGCCGGGCCCGUAGCGCUGGGAGUUAGUUGGUAGGGUCGACCCGGGACAGCCCCGGAGAGUUCGUUUGGGGAUGGGGGCAGGGCCCGAGGUGACUCGGGUUUCUGAGUAAACUUGGCCGCGGUUGCCGCAGGAAGGCUAGCCAGAGGCUAAUCACACAGCAUUUUGAAAACGAAGAAGCAGACUUAGAAUCAGCGGCGAGUCUGUUGAAGGAACCCACACGUGUAUUUCACAGCAUUCUGGGUGGAAAUUGGAUGUGAAGAUGAAGCCAGAUCGAGAUACUCUCGAUGAAUAUUUUGAAUAUGAUGCAGAGGAGUUCUUGGUCUCUUUGGCCUUGCUAAUAACAGAAGGACGAACACCUGAAUGUUCUAUAAAAGGUCGAACCGAAAGUUUCCAUUGCCCUCCAGCACAGUCUUGUUACCCAGUAACUACCAAACAUGAAUGUAAUGAUAAGCUGGCCCAGUGUCGCCAAGCCAGACGAACCAGGUCUGAGGUCACGUUGUUGUGGAAGAAUAACCUUCCUAUCAUGGUGGAGGUGAUGCUACUACCAGACUGCUGCUAUAGUGAUGAUGGGCCCACCACAGAUGGAAUUGAUCUAAAUGAUCCUGCAAUUAAUCAAGAUGCAUUAUUAUUAGAAAGAUGGACCUUGGAGCCAGUUCCUCGACAGAAUGGUGAUCGAUUUAUUGAAGAGAAGACUCUUCUGUUGGCUGUCCGCUCAUUUGUGUUUUUUUCUCAGUUAAGUGCUUGGCUGAGUGUAUCUCAUGGUGCUAUUCCACGAAAUAUUCUCUACAGAAUCAGUGCUGCUGAUGUAGACCUACGGUGGAAUUUUUCACAAACUCCAAUUGAGCAUGUCUUUCCUGUUCCCAAUGUUUCUCACAACGUGGCCUUGAAAGUCAGCGUCCAGUCCUUGCCCAGACAAUCUAAUUACCCAAUUUUGACCUGUAGUAUUCACACUAAUAUUGGCCUUUAUGAGAAAAAAAUUCAAGAACAUGAACAUCAAACCCCUCAGGACCUCAAUUCUAAUGAAGAAGAACAAUGUAGUACCAACAGUUCACAGCAUUUGUGUAGCAAACAAGCUUGGACCAUGGCACCCGAAAGUGUAUUACGUGCAAAAAAUGGCACAACUACAGAAUAUACUACCGCCAUCAAAAAUGUCAAACUUUAUGCGGGCACUGGCAGUAAAUCUGAAUAUGGAACAUCCCAAACCAAUAUUCUCAGCUUUAGUAGUGUAGGAGAUACAAAGUCACACGAAACAUCAGCAAGAACUUUAAAAUCAUUUUCAAUGAUUGAUUCCAGUGUUUCUAGCCGCCAGACUUCCUGGCAGUCAGUUGGUGAAACUAACCCUUUAAUAGGUUCUUUAAUUCAGGACCGACAGGAAGUUAUUGCAAGAAUCGCCCAACAUUUGAUUCAUUGUGAUCCAAGCACUUCACAUGUUUCUGGACAUCCAUGUAAUACUCAAGAGUCUAGUUCACUUCAUUCAAAACUUUUCCGAGUUUCACAAGAAAAUGAAAAUGUGAGAAAAUGUAAAGAAACAUUCUCCAUUUCUUUCGGUACUUCAGAGAUCACUUCCCAGGAAGACAUCAAUGAGGGAAAAAUUCGACUAAAACCAGAUACUCCUCGAAGUGAAACUUGUGUUUCUAAUGGUCUUUAUUCUCAUCAGUCUGUUGGAGAGACUAAUCCUUUGAUAGGUUCUUUACUCCAGGAACGGCAAGAUGUUAUUGCAAGGAUUGCUCAACACUUGGAACACAUUGAUCCAACGGCAUCAUAUGUCCCCCGGCAGUCAUUCAACAUGCAUGAUACCACUUCAGCCCCUUCUAAAGUGUUUAGGAGUUCAUAUGAAGACAAAAAUUUGUUGAAGAAAAAUAAGGGUGAUUCUCCUGUCUCCAUUUCUCAUACAAAAUUUUCUUUGUUAGGAGACCGCACUGAUGGGGAAAACUUAAUACCUAAUAAAUCUUUUAGUUCAUUUAAAUGUAGUUGUAAAGAAAAAUGUUCUUUGAGACCUCAAAUAAGAAAUCAUUGUCAGAACAAUUCUAGUGAAAUCAUCCAAAGUACAUGUCGGGAAACACAGAACAAAGCUACUAGUUUAUUGACUUCUUUAAAUGUGUCUCAUUGCAAAGAACAUAACAUAGAUUUGACAGGCAGAUUUAAGGAACAAGAAAUUAGCGAUGGAAUUGAUAAACAAUAUUCAAAUUGUAAUAGUAUUGACAAACAGAUUUUCACAAAUAAGUAUAAGGAAAAAAUAAUAAAAAAUGAGAAUUGUAACCCAGAAUUCUUUGACAAUCUCCAGUUUGAUAAUUCAAAAAAUAUUGACUCAAAAGUGAAAGUUACUUUGUCAGAGAUGUCUGAAUAUUUGAACAAAUGUGAAAAUAACUACUCAGAUAAAGACUCAAAAAAGCCUAAGACGUGUGAGCAAAAUACUCAACUUAACAGCAUAGAAAACUAUCUCAAUAAAGGUAAUGAAGCUUUUAAAUGCAAAAAGCCAAUACAAUUAAAAACUGAACAGGAUAAGAAAGAAGAUCCACCUGGUGAAAAAUCUCAAAACUCUUCUCAGAGAAGAAAUAUAAAAGACUGUUUAUCUACAUGUGAACAUCUAAAAAAUACAGAGGUGUUGAGGACUACACUGAAACAUUCAAAUGUCUGGCGAAAACAUAAUUUUCACUCUUUGGAUGGAACCUCAACUAGAGCCUUUCAUCCUCAAACUGGAUUGCCGCUUCUUUCUAGUCCCGUUCCUCACAGAAAAACACAAUCAGGUUGCUUUGAUCUGGAUUCUUCAUUACUGCAUCUGAAAAGCUUAUCAUCUAGAAGUCCUCGACCAUGUUUAACCAUUGAAGAUGAUCCAGAUAUUCAUGAAAAACCGUUUUUGAGUUCUAGUGCUCCACCCAUAACAAGUCUUAGUCUUCUAGGAAAUUUUGAGGAAUCUGUCUUGAACUAUCGUUUAGAUCCUCUCGGCAUUGUUGAUGGUUUCACUGCCGAGGUAGGGGCAAGUGGUGUUUUUUGCCCCACUCAUUUGACUCUUCCAGUUGAAGUGUCAUUCUACAGUGUUUCAGAUGAUAAUGCUCCCUCUCCCUAUAUGGCAAGUAUUUUUUAUACUGUCCUUUUCUGCAAAGUCAACCAGUUUAAUAACAAUUGUCUUUAAAUGCUAUGGUAUAAUGCUUAAAAAUAUAAAACAUUUCCUAAGUGAAGAUUGCAUGCAAAUUAAUAUACUGAAAUAUUAUCUCACAACUUCUUUCUGAGCCAGCUCAAGCAACAGAUAACCUCUUUUGCUUUUAAGGAUGGUGCUGAAAAUUUACUUGUUUCUGUGUGAUUUUCAAAAAUGAGAAAAAUUGAUUAGUGGCACUAAUCUUGCUGUCUUGCUGUGUUCUUACUGUGCACUCCACUCUACAAGGUUUGUCUUCCCAUAUGAUUCCUACCUCUACUUAGAGCUUAAGGAUUUGGUGGCUUAAAGCCUUUUGUGAGGCCCUUAGGUAUGUUUUGGACCCAUUCUUUUCUAACUCUUGGGUUUUUAGAAUAAUAGCUAUUUCAGAGUAAAGUAUGAAAUAGUGAGCUCAGGUCUUAAUGGAGAGUGAAAAAGCAAAGGCACGUUAGAGAGCAUAGUCUCAAGCUUUAAGAUCCUAUAAUUUCACCUUUCCCUUUUUUAUUCCAAUGGAUUGCAGAUAAAGUAAGCCUUUAACUAAGUCCUGAUAUAUGAUUUGUAUCAGCCUUUUUCUGAAAGACAAAGAGGGCGAAGUGGCUACCAAAGCUUCUCUGUAGACAUGUUUACUGUGAUGGUAUCAAAUAUGGAAUCAAAUCUGAGUCUGCAUGCUAGGUCUUUCUUUGGAGAAAUGCAAAUUACUGUAGUCAGCUGUACAGCCUAGUCUUGCUACUUGAAUUUCCUAACUUACCACCUGGCCUAAUUCUUUUCUCUCCUAACAUCCCUCUCCCCUACCUUCUAGGUUUUUAAAGAAUUAGUAACAGUGUCUUUGUUAUUAGUAAAACCUGUGAAGAGGGAUGUCUGCAUAAUUGAGAAAUAAUAGAGAAGGAAGGAAGUUAUGUUUUUUAAAGGACCUAAAUAUGGCCUACUCAUUAUUGUCCCUGUUUGCUCAAGGAAGGUUAUUUAGGUUUAUUCCAUUCUAAGGGUAAAGCUUGUAGCCAGGAACCUGUUCGCUGUUUUAUACUUUGAUAGAAAAAGUACAGUGGUGUCUCCUCAUUCAUUCAAAGUUUUCUUUUCCCAGCAAUAUUUAUACUUGUGGGUCUUAAUCAUGAAGAGGUACAGCAUUGGUUAUUAUCAAAAGCAAAGGUCCUUCCCUUUCAAACCUUCCCAGUUACUACAUAUCCUGCCUAUUUUUCAUUUAACAUAAAAUGAAUUUUCUCCAGAAUAAUUUUGAAAAAAUAAUUGCCAAUUUUGAACAGUUAAAAAAUGGAAAGUAAAACUGAGAGAUUAAUAUCAGAAUAAAUUCAUAGCAUAGUGGAAUACUAACAUAUAUUAUAAUUUAGCUGUAAAGAUGCCCAUUUUGCUUUACCAGGACAUCAAGAAUGUCAUCAGUUUCAUACAUUCUAUGGCAACAUAGAAAUAGAGAAUGUGAAAGAUAAGGUCUAAAAUACUGCAAUCUUUCAUUAGUAAAGAUAAUCCUUCUUGGCCAUUAGGAUAGCUCAGAAAUGAGAGAAAAGGGUGAAACUAGAUGAAAAUCAGCUGAAAUAAAUACCUUUGAGUAAAAUUCAUGAGCCAGGGGCUAUAUGAACUGUGCAUUCAAAAUGCAAAACAGCGUCAAUCUUUGACCUUGGUUGACAUAUUAAAAAAAAGAAGGAUUUGGAAAUAAAAGAUUUUAUUCACUCUAGAAAGUACUGGAAUAUCAGGUUUAUGUAUCAUAAAUUUGAAUAGAUUAGAUAUUUGAACAGAUAAUGGAAAGGGUAUAAGUCAGGUUGCUGGGUUGUUUAUUCAUCUGUCCUUUUAAGAAUCCUUUCUGUUCUCUAAUAAUAUACUUCAAUCAACUAUCUCAUAAUUUUUUUGUCAGUAAGUUUACUUCUUAGGAAUGGAUUCUCUUAGCAAGUAACACAUUCUAAAUCUUAGAUCAUAAAUUUUUCCUACUGUA